AUGGAGUUGCUCUCUUCUUUGCUGCCCGGGUCAGCUCCAGCACCCAAGCUGGGCCAAUUGCCAACGGAAAUGCUCGACUUUACGCUCCUCAAAACAACAGGCACCCUUGCACCACGCCUCGGCCGCCUGUCGCUGCCCAAGCGCAGGAACAUGCUGACGCCGGGCUUCAUUGGCAACACAUCACGCGGCGUCAUCCCUCACAUAUCACAGGACAACUUCUCAAAAAGCCUCGGCCUUGACGGCGUCUACGUCGCGCUGGAAGACUUCAUUGAGAAGAUACCGCAGAAGACACCGCCUGUCUUCCAGUACGACGUCCCCGAGCCGUUGCGCAAGUUCAUCGCUCUCCCCCAGGAUACCCUCCUCGUCCUCGGCCCGCGCCGCAACCCGCCCAUCCCCUCGCCCAUACACAGCACCAACAGAGAGCUGGGCGUCUUGACCUCGGUCGGCUUCAAGGCCCUCAGCUCCGAGUACUAUGCCGCUGCCGCGCGGAAGCUGCAGCCAGACAUCGUCAUUGGCUUGGCGGACAUUCCAUACGGCCAGGAAACCGUGGGGAUUAAGCGGAAGGACAAGAUGAGCGACCGCACGGAGACGUGGGUACGGGAUAUCAUCGCCAAAAAGGCUACGCUGGACGAAGAAGAGCCCAGCUGGAGCAUUUUCGCGCCCAUUCUGCCCAUCGACCGCGACCUGCAGAGCUGGUACCUCGAACACCUAGUCGACGAUAUGGCCGACAAGAUUUCUGGCGUCGCCAUCUACGAGGCCUACCUGCUCGAUGACCUGCCUGAAGAACUGCACCGCUUGCCGCGCCUCUCCUUCCAUGCGCCCGCCAGCCCGCAGGAAAUCCUGCGCCAGGCAGGAUUAGGUAUGGAUAUCUUCACCGUUCCAUUCCUGACAGAUGCAACGGAUGCCGGUAUUGCGCUGAAUUUCACCUUCCCUGCAGCCCCAAAAGACACCACUUCCAGCUCCCGGCAAGACUUAGGACUAGAUAUGUGGUCAGACGUACAUGCUACCUCGGUCACGCCACUAAGCGAGGGGUGCGAGUGCUACGCCUGCAAAAAACACCACAGAGCAUACAUCCAGCACCUCCUCGCUGCCAAGGAAAUGUUGGGAUGGGUGUUGAUCCAAGUUCACAACCACGCCGUGCUCUCUUCCUUCUUCGCCGGCGUGCGCAAGUCCAUCGACGCAGACACAUUCGACGCCGACGUCACCGCCUUUGAGCGAUACUACGAGUCUACACUGCCCGAGAAGACAGGACAAGGCCCCAGAGUCAGAGGCUACCAAUUCAAAGCCGAGGAACACGCCAAGCCCGAGAAAAAGAACCAGAGAGUAUUCACAAAAUACGACGACGCAAAGAUUGCUGAGCUUAGACUAGCCGCUGCGCAUGGACAGCAGCCUGGCUCCAAGCCGGCGAUGCGAGACGUCAUUGACGAUGAAGCGCUGGUCGGACUGGUAGGGCUAGGAGAGGUGGAUGUCGAUGGCGCGCGCCAGGUCGAGAGCUUGAGCCUGGAAGAUGAUACAACAAAGCGGUGA